UUUAGUUGAACGCAGUUGAACGUGGUUGAACGGUAGAGACAUAGAGUGAAACACAUGGUUGACGUUGCAAUUUUUUAAAUUGUGUCGUCAGUUCGUGUCGUGUUUGUAGAAUUGAUUAAUCGUUGGAAAACGGUGAUUAUUAGUAGAAUGGUGGAUAUGAAAAACGAAGAAAUCAACGGUGAGGCCGAAGCCCCGCAAAAGAGCGCAAAACAGUUGCAGAAAGAGGCGAAGAAGUCUGCGAAACUCGAGAAGUUUAAGCAGAAACAGGAGAAAAAAGGGAGCAGCGAUAAAAUAACAAAAGUGAAAGAAAAAAUUGAAAAAAAUGAAAAGAAAAAAGAAUCCAAGGAAUCCGCUGUAUACACGAUCGAUACACCUCCUGGAGAAAAAAAAAAUGUUACCUGUGGUAUGCCUGAUACAUAUAGUCCGAAAUAUGUUGAAGCUGCAUGGUAUGCAUGGUGGGAAAAACAAGGUUUCUUUAAACCUGAAUAUGGUAGAAAAUCCAUAUCAGAGUCAAAUCAGAAGGGCAAAUUCAUUAUGGUCAUACCACCCCCUAAUGUGACUGGUUUUCUUCAUCUUGGGCAUGCUUUAACAAACGCUGUAGAAGAUGCUAUUACAAGAUGGAAUCGUAUGAAAGGGCGUACAACUUUAUGGAAUCCAGGUUGUGAUCAUGCAGGUAUUGCUACUCAAGUUGUUGUUGAAAAGAAACUGUGGAAGGAGGAGCAGAAAACUCGUCAUGAUAUAGGGCGAGAAAACUUUAUAGAAAAAGUUUGGAAGUGGAAAGAAGAGAAAGGAAAUAGAAUCUAUUUACAGUUACGCAAAUUAGGCGGUUCCUUUGAUUGGGAUCGUGCUUGUUUUACUAUGGAUCCAAAGUUAUGUCGCGCCGUUACAGAAGCGUUUAUAAAAUUACACGACGAAGGUGUAAUUUACAGGAGCAAUCGUCUAGUCAACUGGUCUUGCACUCUAAAGAGUGCUAUCUCUGAUAUAGAAGUCGAUAAAGUUGAAUUAUCAGGACGCACGUUACUCUCGAUUCCUGGAUACGAAGAAAAAGUAGAAUUUGGUGUGUUGGUAUUUUUUGCUUACGAAGUAAUUGAUACUAAGGAAAGAAUAAUAGUAGCUACCACUCGUAUCGAGACGAUGCUAGGAGAUACAGCCAUUGCUGUGCAUCCACAGGAUAGUAGAUACACUCAAUUUAUAGGGAAAUCUGUGCAGCACCCGUUUUGCAAUAGGAAAAUACCUAUCAUCACCGACGAAUUUGUUGAAAGAGAAUUUGGGACAGGCGCUGUAAAAAUUACACCGGCUCAUGAUCCCAAUGAUUAUGAAGUGGGAAAAAGACACAAUUUACCAUUUAUUACCAUUUUCGAUGACAAUGGGAACGUAGUCGGUGAUUGCGGACAAUUUACGGGAAUGAAACGAUUUCAUGCCAGAGUCGCUAUAAUCCAAGAAUUAACAGUAAGAAAUUUAUUUGUUGAAAUCAAAGACAAUCCCAUGGUGGUGCCGAUAUGCAGUAGAUCCAAAGAUGUUGUUGAACCAUUGAUGAAACCACAAUGGUAUGUAAGAUCUAAUGAUAUGGCAGCGAAAGCAAUGGAAGUGGUCCAGAGUGGCGAGUUAAAAAUUAUUCCAGAACAGUAUAAGAAAAUCUGGUACCACUGGAUGGAGAACAUUAGGGAUUGGUGCAUUUCUCGUCAAUUAUGGUGGGGUCAUCGUAUACCCGCUUAUUCGGUGAAAGUAAUCGGUACCAACGCAAGUAUAAAGACAGAUGAUGAUAUCUGGGUGUGUGGACAUUCCGAAAGCGAAGCUAAAGAAAAAGCAGCCAGAAAAUUGGGCAUAACCGUGGAUAAUAUAAUUGUCGAACAAGAUCCUGAUGUGCUAGACACAUGGUUUUCGUCUGGUCUAUUUCCGUUUUCGGUAUUUGGAUGGCCAGAUAAGACUGAAGAGCUCGAUGCAUUUUAUCCUGGUACAUUAUUAGAAACUGGGCAUGAUAUAUUAUUCUUCUGGGUGGCAAGAAUGGUAUUUCUUGGUCAGAAGUUAAUGGGAAAAUUACCAUUUAAAGAGGUAUAUUUGCAUGCGAUGGUACGAGAUGCACAUGGAAGGAAGAUGAGCAAAUCCCUAGGAAAUGUCAUAGACCCAAUGGAUGUAAUUAACGGAAUAUCGUUGGAGGAUCUUCAUAAACAAUUAUUAGAUACCAAUUUGGAUCCGAAGGAGCUAAAGCGCGCGAUAGAAGGACAAAAACGCGAUUAUCCACAAGGAAUACCUGAGUGCGGUACGGAUGCAUUAAGAUUCGCUUUGUGCGCUUACACGACCCAAGGUCGUGAUAUCAAUCUCGACAUUCUUCGUGUCCAAGGAUACAGAUUUUUCUGUAAUAAGAUAUGGAACGCAACAAAAUUUGGUCUUACGUAUCUUAAUUGUGAUUUGGACAACAACGAUGUCCAAUUGACGAACCACAAUGCGCUGAAUAGCACUAGUAUGGUAGGUGACAAUGAAUGGUACCAAUGCACCUUGAAGGAAACGUGCGUGCAGGAAGCCUUGAAUAAUUAUUUAAGUGAUUAUCCUUAUCUAGAUGGAUACACUCCAUCGCAGAUCGAUGCAAAUGUUUACCAGGCAUUCGUCGAAUUGAAUGUGAACAUUUCCAGCUAUUCGCACUUGCAUCGUUGGUACACACACAUCGCGUCGUACAGUCAAGAAGAACAAUCUGUGUUCCGUGCGGAACAAGGUAAAAUCUUACCACAGUGUGCUUGCAAAGUUCACAGUAACCGUAACAGUAAUAAAAAGUCAUUUUCUACCGAAACAAAUGUCGAUCUGUGGAUGCUUUCUCGCGUGAGUCACGCGGCGAAGACGUGUGACGAAGCAAUGGCGCAAUAUGAUUUCACAACAGCGACGACCGCCUGUUACAAUCUUUGGUUGUACGAUUUAUGUGAUAUUUACCUGGAGUAUUUAAAACCAGUAUUUCAAGGGAACGAUAACGAGAAGAAAUCUGCUGCAAGAAGGACUUUGUUAAAGACAUUGGAUGUUGGAUUAAGAUUGUUGGCUCCGUUCAUGCCAUUCAUAACGGAAGAACUUUAUCAACGAUUGCCUCGUAAAGAACUAAUUUAUCCCAGUAUUUGUGUUAGUCCGUAUCCAGAACUUUCAGAGUGCCCAUGGAGGAAUCUGGAAGUAGAGAAGGAUGUUGAUUUUGCCAACAAAAUCGUAAAGAACGUCAGGUCGGCGCGUGCUACCUAUAAUUUACCAAAUAAAACCAAAACCGAAGCGUUCCUCGUAUGUUCCGACGAUAACUUGCAAGCAAAACUCAUGGAUUAUCAAUUAUUAAUAGAGACGCUUGCCUAUUCUAUAAUUAGUACAAAUGAACCUCCAUCAGGGUGUGCUAUAAUUACUGUGACUGACAAAGUUCAAGUGCAUCUGCUGCUGAAGGGUUUAAUCGAUCCAAAGAAGGAGUUAGAGAAACUUAGUAAAAAGGAAGAACAGCUAGCGGAUAUUGUACAGAAAACAAAGCAGGCUAUGGAAGCUUCCGAUUAUAAUGUCAAAGUACCAUUAGAUGUACAAAACAGUAACAAAGAGAAGUUAACAAACAGCGAAAGGGAAUUACAACGAAUUAUCGAUGCAAUAGCUGCUUUACGAACAAUGUAACUCUUAGAUACUUCAAUUUUAUGUCCACAACAGU